CCCCCCCUCUCCUACACUACCGACCGUAUACAAAUGUAUCUCUUGUCCGCCGGUAUGAUAAGCAUUCUUUCUCCGCUCAACGUCGUGGCCAUUGUCUUGAGCGCUUCAUUUGUCUCAUACAUCAUCUUCAAACAGUAUGAGCCUAGGCAUCACGGACAGUUGAUCACUCUUCUGGUAGUCGUUCCCAUGCUGUUGGCCGCGCUUGUUUCGUUGCCCUGCUCGACACUCCAAGCCACGUUCAGUACAUUUGUCUCGUAUUACUUUCUCUUGCUUUUCUACACUGUCGCCUACCGCCUAUCUCCUCUCCAUCCACUCGCUGCGUACCCGGGUCCCGUGUACGCUCGAGUCUCCAAAUGGUGGUCCUCAUACAUUUGUGCCGACGGCAAACAACAUAUUUACUACAAGACGUUACAUGACCGUUUCGGGGAUGUCGUGCGUGUCGGCCCUAAUGAACUCUCCAUUCGGGAUGCUUCGGCCAUCCCAUCUGUCCUUGGUGUUUCAGGCCUGCCGAAAGGACCCUUCUGGGACCACCGAACCUCACCACCUCCGUUGAUCGGAAUACGGGAUCCUCAUGCCCAUGCUGAACGCCGGCAGAAUUGGAAUCGUGGAUUCACCAGCGGUGCCAUCAAACAGUAUGAAUUGAUACUCGCGAAUCGUUGCCGGCAGCUCGUCGAGUGCUUCGACGAUCGUAUACGAGCCGCAGGAGAGGUAGCUACUGCGACUGUCGACGCCGGUGCAUGGAUGAGUUACUUCACAACCGACUUUUUGGGUGAUAUGGCUUUCGGGGAAGGCUUUGAUAUGAUGGCCGAUGGAGGAGAUCCCUGUGGGAUUUGGAGUAUUUUUGAGUCGGGCAUGAAGGAUCAUGCAAUUUUUGGGCACGCAUCUUGGUGCUUGCCUCUUCUUUCUUGCUUGCCGGGCAAUGGCCGGAGGAUUAAACGAAUGCGACAACUUGGCGAGAACAAGCUAGCAAAAAGGAUGAAGAUGGGUCCGAUGCGGAAGGACUUGUUCUAUUACCUUAACGAUGAAGAAGGCUUUAACACCGUACGCCCUACGCACGCGACACUCGCAUCGGACACGAUUCUUUCCAUCGUGGCAGGCUCGGACACCACUGCCACUGUCCUGACAGCGCUGAUAUGGUAUCUCUUGAAGCACCCCGAGACCUACAUUCGACUCCAAGAAGAGGUCGACAGCACCUUUCCGCCAGGAGAUGAACCUAUCGAUGCUACUAAUCUGGCCAACAUGCCUUAUCUCAAUGCCUGCAUAAACGAAACUAUGCGGCUACAACCACCUGUGCCUAGCGGUUCCCAGCGAUCCGUUCUUCGCGGCACGGGGCCCAAAGUACUCGGAUCUCACAUCAUCCCAGAGGGAACACAGAUCUUUAUUCACACUUACAGCGUUCACCGCGAUCCACGUAACUUCUCACCGGCUCCCGACUCGUUCGUCCCCGAGCGUUGGCUCGCAUCCACGGAUCUGCAGGACCCUGCGUCUAAGUUGGGAGACCCGUCAGCUGGAAGACUCGACGUGACGCCUAUUCGGAAAGCGACACACAACUCCGCGGCGUUCAUGCCAUUCUCGUAUGGACCCACGGUAUGCGUGGGCAAGAAUUUGGCUCUGCUGGAGAUGCGAAUGGUUGCAUGCUGGCUUCUGUCAAGGUUCACGAUGAGACCCGCGAAGGGUACUGACCUCCAAGCUUUUGAGGAAAGUAUCGAAGACUAUUUCGUGGUCAAGAAGGGGGCAUUAUGGGUGGAGAUCCAGGCGAGGACUUAGGGACGAGAAGGAAUGGGACUGAUUUGGAUCGUCAGAAGAGUUUAAGUUAGUGGCGUAAGUUAAGCUUUGUUGAGUAGUGUCUCGGAGAGCCUCCGCUGUGAAGAUUGUAUUGUUUUUCUCGCUGUCUGCUCUUUACUCCGCUUUCCUAGGCACCGCCGGUCUAUUACUGUAUUCUCUUAGAUUAGCUACGCGCGAGU